GUCCUUUGCGAUCGUCUAGGGGUGUUUGAGACUGUUCCUUUCGAUUUCAAUUUAACUGUUGUGAUCAAGGUAAUCAUGAGUAAAAACACCAAUUCAGAGGGCCAGAAAGAACAAAAACAUGAACUGGAAGAUGCAGAAAAGUUCUUUAAAGAUGCAUGCGAAAUAUUUCAGAGAGAAGCAGUAAAACUUCGUCAGGAGCGAGAAGCAAUUGACGACAUGUCGAAGAAGUUGGAACAUGUUCACUUUUCUUCGACUGUAAAGCUAAAUGUCGGCGGCCACCAUUUCACGACAAGUCUUCAAACGCUUACUAAAGAUCCAAAUUCAAUGCUGGCUGCCAUGUUUUCGGGCAAGUUUGAAAUGAAGCCAGCUGAAGACGGCGCUUACUUCAUCGACCGAGAUGGAACUCACUUCCGGUUUAUACUCAAUUAUCUUCGCAAUGGGGAGUUGAUUUUACCAGAUGGCGCAACAUUUCUCAAAGAGCUCGAAGCUGAAGCGAAGUUCUACCAGAUCCGAGGAAUACUGGAGGAGUUAAAUACUAGAGAACCAAAGUAUUUUGAAGAUUCCGUGAUACUGACGAAUGAAGAGCACCGAAGCGUGUUAAAUCGUUGGUUAUCUCCACAAGACGGCAAAUGGAAGCUUCUAUUCAGAGGUUCCCGAGAUGGCUUUGAAGCUCAAACGUUUCACUCCAAAUGUGACAACAGAGGGCCCACUGUCACCAUUGUAAAGAGCGGAAAUUACAUUUUUGGAGGAUUCUCUGAAAAAUCGUGGGACAGUUCUGGCAGGUGGUUCAGGUGCUCACAAGCGUUCUUGUUCAGCAUGGUUAACACCAAUGGACUGGGUCCAACUAAAUUGCAGCUUUUUGACAAUCACGAGCACGCCAUCUACUGUGAGACAAGUUGUGGACCGACGUUUGGUGAAGGGCAUGACUUGUAUAUAUCAGGGGACGCAAAUGUAAAUAGUUCAAGUUUCGCCUGCCUCGGCAACUCUUAUCAGUGUCCCACAGGACAGGUUGCUGAAACAUUCCUCGCGGGAAGUGGAAAUUUUACAGUUACUGAUUACGAAGUGUUUGAACUUCAGAAAUGACAAACCAAAUAUUCUUUCCCAUGUUACGGGCUAUCAGGCUAGUAAGAUGUCCUCAGAGCUUUAAUUUAUGAGUUUCAUAAUCAUCACUUUUUGAAAAGGGCCUCUUGGAAAAGUCUUGCAGAUCAGCGUCCCAGUUUCACUACUCAGUCGACUUCUCUCCAGCUAACAGAGAACCAUCUCGCCUCAAUCUUCACAUUGCCAACUAAUUACUCCACCCCUCCCCCCCUGCUCCAUUUCUCGCUCGAUAAGCUAUUAAUAAGAGAUCAAAGGGUCGACUCACAGAUUGUGUCACUGUCGCUAUCAUAAUUGGAGCCAAAGCACAGCGUUUGAGGUUGAUAUAGAACUGAUUUAGUCGUUCAUGAGGGGGGUCCAAUCUAAUUAUCAGACUUCCUAUACCUGAACUAUACCAAAGAGUCAUGGCUGUUCAUUGUUUCUUUCUUUUGUCUUUGUUUUUCACAGGAUGAAAUAACUAAAUUAAGUUUCCUUAAAGGUAACUUAAAGGUUAACAUUAGAAGUAUUUAAGUCAUCUUUAGGUGACAUACGAAAGUUCUGAAAUGUAUCUUUAAUUGAACUUUCCGAAGUCAAUUAAAG